GCCACCAGGGCUCUGUACUGCAGACGCUGCUGCACUUUUCUUUUUAAAGCAGUAGAACAAGUUAGACCCUUCUGCGCUGAAGAAGGAACACUGGAAACAAAAAUGAUGAGUCGUUCAAUCGUUUCUUUUAUAUUUGUGAUGCUAUUAGUGAGACUGUCAUUUGCAACAGUAUUCCAACAGUAUGGAUACGAUUCACAGCUCCCACGGUGUUCUAAUACUUUGAUGUCUUGUGAUGUCAGUGAAGAGGAAAAGGUGAAUAUGGUGGAUCCCAUCUUCAUGCACUCUCCAGUUGAACUAGUCAAGAAUGACCAAGGAAACGUAUCUAUCAACCAGGAGGCUUUGAAAAUCCUGUCAGCAAUUGACAUGCCUGUGGUUGUUGUUGCCAUUGCUGGGAGGGCACGGACUGGAAAAUCAUAUUUGCUAAAUCGACUUGCGGGAAUAAGAAAAGGUUUCUCAUUGGGAUCUACCAUUCAAUCUCACACCAAAGGUAUCUGGAUGAUGUGCCUGCCCCAUCCCAGGAAACCAGAUCAUGCCAUCAUUCUUUUGGACACAGAAGGCUUUGGAGACCCAGAGAAGGGUGAUAAUGAUAAUGACAGUUCCAUUUUUACACUGAGCAUUCUCCUCAGCAGCAUGUUUAUAUACAACAGCAGAAGCAACUUGGACCAGAGCGAGUUUGAAUAUCUUCACUUUGUGUCGGAACUCACAAAACACAUUCAGCUGACAAAGUCAAAGAAAAACAAUGAAGAAUGGGAAUUUAUAGAUUUCUUUCCAGAUUUUGUAUGGGUCCUCCGAGAUUUAACCCUUGACAUGACUAUCAAUGAGAAAACGGUGUCAGCUGAUGAGUAUCUGGAGCAUACUUUGAAGCUUAAGAAUGGAACAGAUGAGAAGACUGAAAAGUUUAACACUGUGAGACGCAGCAUCCGUAAUUACUUCCCAAAAAGGAAAUGCUUUGGGUUUGUUUGUCCAACUACCAGAUCAAAACGUAAGCGGCUUGAUGAGCUUUUGGAUGAAGAGCUUGAUGCAGAAUUUGUUAAAGAAUUUGAACUUUUCUCCAGUUACAUUUAUGAAGAAGCCAAAACCAAGACAGUUGAAGGAGUUCACAAAGUCACUGGAAGAACUUUUGGACCACUCGUUGAGAGUUAUAUAGCAGAACUUAACAGCACACAGAAGUUCUGUGUGGAAAGUGCAGUUACCCAAGUGGCUGAAAAAGCUAACCAGGUUGCCCUAGAAAAAUCCCUGGAUUUCUACAGAAAAGGGCUUGAAAAUUUCACUUCCAGUUCCCGUGAUGCCCUCACUGGUUUACAAAAACUUUUAUACAAAACAGCUCUUCAAAUCUUUUUGAAGAAUUCCUUCCUAAAAGAUAGCCAAGAAUACCUUGUUAAGUUAAUGAUGACUACAAAAGAAUAUAAUGAAGAAACAUUGAAAAAGAUGCAUGAGACGUCAUUGGAAAGAUGUACUGUAUUAAUAACAGAUCUUAAAAAGGACUUGAUUAACAAUCUGAAAUCCGCAAAAUACAGCAAACCUGGAGGAUAUGCUGAGUAUAUGACAGAUCUACAGUCCAUCAUAAUAAAUUUCACUGCUGCUGCUAAAGACGAAGCCCAGGCCAUCACUGUUCUUAAGAGUUUCACUGAAGAAAUGAAUGUGAUUUCUGAAACAAUCAAAAAUACUGACAACAUCUUAUCAGAAAAGGAAAAUACAAUCAAUGACUUCCUAGCCCAGCAAAGGAAAAUACUGGAAGAAAAAGAAGCAGUGCAAACAAAGGCAAAAUCAAUGGAGAAGUAUCGAAUGGAUGAAACACUCAGCCAGCUAGAGGAUGCAUAUCAGAUACAAAAGAACCAGAUUGGAGAACAUUAUGAAUAUAUUACAACGAAGCAGAAAAAUGAAAAAGACCAAUACACAAAGGAAGGCAGAGAAGAAGAGGCUCAUGAAAAAGAAAAUGAAGAAAAGUUUUACCGUAAAAAAUGGGAAGAGUCCAAUUCAUCCUAUUCCAACAUAUUCUGGAGACUUGUCAAAUAUGUUCUGAGUUUCUUUUCUUAAGGAAAAAUUAACAGUUCAAUAUUUACGUCAAUCUAGAUAUUGUAGACAGUAUCCACUGAUCACACAUAUAUUUCUGUUUAAGUGCAAUAUUUUAUUUACUUUUUAAUAUUUUUAAAUGGCUGAAGAGAAGUACAACAAUGUUAUAUACAGUAUACCCAAAUAGUCAUGGAGUCUGCUUUCAUAUUUCUUAGUCAUAUUUUCAUCCAGUAUCAUAAUCAAAGGAAUGGUGGGAGACAGAAUUUGUAAUUUGUAUUUUUAUUUUAAAGACAAGCCACUUAGUGGUAAUUUAUAUUGCACCACUAAACUUAUUUGACUAAUAAGUGAUUAGAGGAUUUAAGAAAACUUCCUUAAGUCUAGCAAGAUCAGUUCAAUAACUAAAGUUGUUAUUGGUUUGAUUUGGCAGAGCCAUCAUGCAAAGUCCAUUCACCUUAUUGUAGACUUUUGUCCUUUCCAUGAAACG